AUGCGCUUCCUUGAACUGAUUGUCGUAGCGACGGCGACGCUGGUCGUCACGAUCGUUGCCAAAGAUGAGUCCUCGAAGAGUCGGGAUAAGAGACAACAGGUUGCAUUUUACCCGAGGCGAGGUGCCAGACCGCCGCCGUACGCGGUGCAGAUGGAACCGAUCGUUCAGUACUCACAGAGAGACCCGCUUUAUAAUCCUUUAGCGAGCUCGAAGAGCGACGAUUUUUACGAGGAGGGCCCGUUAAACUAUUAUCCGACGGAGCCGGAGCCAAUCAUUGAAAUUAUCAUCAAAGAGUCGAACGAAUCGUUGCCGACGCCGGUACCGCCGUCUCCGCCACCGACCCCGAGACCUACUAAAGAACCUAUACAGGUGUUUUACGUGAAAUACGAAAAAAAGAAGGGGUACGGGGACAAGUCUCGAGUCGUUUACGAUCCGCCCGUGCCCGCGCUGACACCUGUUGAAGAACACGAGGAGAUCAAGCCCGAUAACCCGCCGCCGUACCCGGAAGAACCUGUUCACACCGCGACACCGGCACCGCCGGAACCGUCCACGACUUUGAGAGCGAUUAUUCGACCGGACAGUGAAGUGUACCAUUCCGGUUCUAGCGGGAUUCGCGUCACAUUCGGCACGGAACAGGUGCCGCCGAACAAUCACAAUAAACGCAGCGACCUGGAGACGCCGCCCACUCAACACUCGAAACCAGCUUCCUCCGCUCCCGGUUCGCCGAAACGGCAACACGGCCCUUAUCAACCGAUCCAGCCGGUGCAUCAAAGAGUGCCCUCCACGUUCCCUCAGCAGAGGAUCGCUAGUCCGUUCCCGCAGCAGCAAACGUUGCACCAGCCGCCCCAGCAACCGCCUCUGAAUUUCUUGCAACAACAGCCCGCAUUCCCGCCGCCACCGCCUCAAACGAGAAACCCGUUGCCCAGGCCGCAACGGUUACCAAUUACGAUACAAGGCUUGCCGGAAGUGCAGCAACGCUCGCCGUUCAACAACUUCGGCCCGCCUCAUCGUGUGAGCAUUAAUCACCCGCCGCAACCAGGAUUUCCUCCAGCGCUCUCGGUCUCCCAUCAAAGCGUGCAGAUACAAAAUCAACCGAUACCGAUUAACCAGGGUAACCAUUUCAACGUGGAUCAGCAACAGCCCGCGCAACAACAGCAGCAACCGUUGCCUCUUUACAAGCAACAGGAAUUGGAGAAGCAGAGGUAUCACGAGCAACGCCGUCAACAAGAACUGCUGAAGCAUCGGGAGCAUCAAAGGCAACACGAGCAGCAGAGGCUUCAGGAGCACCAAAGAUUUUUGGAGCAACAGAGGCAAACGGAUCAACAUAGGCAAAUAGAACAGCAGAGAUUGUUAGAGCAGCAAAGGCAGCAAGAACAAUUGAGACAACAGGAUCAUCAGAGGUUACAGGAACAGCAGAGAAUACAAGAACAGCAAAGGGUACAGGAACAACAGAGGGUACAAGAUCAGCAACGGUUGCAGGAGCAACAAAGACAACAAGAGCAAAGAUUGCAGGAACAACGUAGAAGGAAACAAGAACAGGAACAGAAACUGUUGCAAGACCAACAGUACCGGGCACAGUUGAAGUACAAUCAACCGCAACCGGUACCGGGUAUACCGCAAAUACCGGUUCAGCCCCAGGCUCAGAAACCUGGUGGAGAAAUAUUUAAAGCUGUUCCAAAAUUAGAGCAGCAUUACGCCAUUCGAGAGAAUCCACUCCAUCCUGGUCCGUUCCCACCUAAUCCCGUACUUCAACCAACAGGAUUUUCAGACCAGUCGCAGAACCAAUAUGGUUCUGUUCAAACACCAAGUCCGUCACCAGAAAGCCAGACCCUUAUAAGGAGCCCACCGAAUCAGUAUAUAAACGAUCAGCAACAACAUCUGAACACGAAGCAACAAAUAUUUCAAAAUCAACAGCAAGGAUUCUUCUCGCAGAGUUCCCAACAACAACAGCAACAAUCGCAACCGCGAUUUCCGUCGUCAUCCCAAAGAUCGUCGAUCUGGGCCCGACCGUCCUUCUCUCUGAAUCCCUCUCAGAAGAUCUACGCGACCCCGGUGACUAACACUGAAGAUUUCAACGCGAUAUCUACGAUUAGACCGUUCAUCUCUAGUACAACGCCUACCACGACCACCGUCACCACAACGACAACAGAGGCACCGACAACCACGACCACUCCAUCUCCAAAGAACGAAGCUAAAAUUAGGGAGAACAUCGCCAACCUGCCGGAUGAAGUGCCGGACGAUAUAAGGGAGCAAUUGCUGAGCUCCGGUAUUUUGGGUAACGCCGACAUACAGAUAUUGGAUUACGACAAGGUCGGCGACAUACCGAUCGAGAAACUACCGCCGGAGGCAUUGGCGAAUUUCUACGGCGCCGGAGGCGCUUCCGCGGUGGCUGCUGCCAGCGAACCGGUACCGGCGAUCGUCAAGAAACCCAAAACGGCAGACUCGUCCGACUCUUUCGCGACCUCAUCUUCAUCCGCUUCUUCAGCCGUCUUGCCGAGGAAGACGACUGCCGGCAGCUCGACUAAGUUCGAACAGGCCACCUUGCGCCCGGGAGGCGUUGAGAUGAAAGUAGUACGCUUCGAUCCGAAUACGGAGCAAGGCCAGGCGCUCGCGGAUCAGCACAUACGCGAUGAUGCUACCAGAUUGAAUCCCGUAACCGUGGGAGCCAGGGACGAAGCUCAAUACAAUCGUUACUUGCCGCUCAAAGUGAGCGGCGCGUCUUUCCCUAUUCCUGAUGUUCCCCAGCUGAACGGCCGAAAGAUAUCCAGCGUGGUCGUGCUAGCUCCUGUCGAUUAUAACUUUCAAGAAGAGAAGGAGAUCGAGAGGCAGGGUAGACGAGCCACCGACGUGCAGGCGGUCAAGUUUCUCGCCGGCGAGACGCUGAAGCAAUUGGUGAAAAAGCCAACCGCGGAGAAUUACAAGAAGUGGUUGGAUCAGGAGAGCCGCACGGAGCCCCAGAAGCAGUCGGUGGUUCUCCUGGUAACCAUGCCGGAGGACGCUGACCAAGGCGAGAAAGAGAUCUUCAUGUAUGAUGUAGUCUCGCAAUCCGUCAGCAAAUUGUCCGGCGACUUGUCCACCGCCUUCGUCGACGCUGCUGAAAGCAAUUCCGAUAGCAACUUCGAUGACUCGAAUUUCACGUCGCAUUAAGUAGCGUCGUACGAACGAACCCUAUGGCAUACCAUAAUAGGCGGAUAAUUUACAAGACGAAAAAUGCAUCUUUAGCGUGCCAAGCCUGGGAUGUAACAUACGAAACGUUCUGUCAUCCUACAUGUUACCCUAAGAUUACAACGAACGCGGAAAAAGGUUUA